CUGCCGCAGCAGCUGGAACCAGGCAGAUUAGCAGCACCUCACCGCACCCAAGACUCGGGCCCACUGCCAGGCACAGGAAGCCACUGGGACUUCGACAGCACAACACGCAGUGUAACGGGCCACGCUGCAGGCAAGCAGCAGCCCAGAGCCCUGUCGUUCGGUGGUGGUGGUGGCAGCAGCACCAGCAGCAGUGGCAGCGGCAGCAGAAGCCACCAAACCGACCGACUGCUGGCGCAGCAACCAACCGCCACCACGAAACCAGGAGCCCAAGACAACCUUCACGGUCAGUCAGACGACAACCAACAAGCAACCGUUGUUAGCUCGUUUGUUCGUUAA